ACCUUCUCCCUUCCCAAGGCCCUGAGUCUUCAGCCCCUGGGCUCACUAAGGUCAGGAGUGGUUGCUGUGCCGUGGGAAGCUGCCUGGACUGCGCCCGGCAAGCAUGGCGCUGCUGAAAGUCAAGUUUGACCAGAAGAAGCGGGUCAAGUUGGCCCAAGGGCUCUGGCUCAUGAACUGGCUCUCCGUGUUGGCUGGCAUCGUCAUCUUCAGCCUAGGGCUAUUCCUUAAGAUUGAACUCCGGAAGAGGAGUGAUGUGAUGAAUAACUCGGAGAGCCAUUUUGUGCCCAACUCCUUGAUAGGGAUGGGGGUGCUGUCCUGUGUCUUCAACUCUCUGGCCGGCAAGAUCUGCUACGAUGCCCUGGACCCUGCCAAGUAUGCCAAGUGGAAACCCUGGCUGAAGCCGUAUCUGGCUGCCUGUGUCCUCUUCAACAUCGUCUUCUUCCUGGUGGUCCUCUGCUGCUUCCUAAUGCGGGGCUCACUGGAGAGCACCCUGGCCCACGGGCUCAAGAAUGGCAUGAAGUACUACCGAGACACAGACACCCCCGGCCGGUGUUUCAUGAAGAAGACCAUCGACAUGCUACAGAUCGAGUUCAAGUGCUGUGGCAACAAUGGCUUUCGAGAUUGGUUUGAGAUCCAGUGGAUCAGCAAUCGCUACCUGGACUUCUCCUCCAAAGAAGUCAAAGAUCGCAUCAAGAGCAACGUAGACGGGCGAUACCUGGUGGAUGGUGUUCCAUUCAGCUGCUGCAACCCCAACUCGCCACGGCCCUGCAUUCAGUACCAGCUCACCAACAAUUCGGCUCACUACAGCUACGACCACCAGACAGAGGAGCUCAACCUGUGGGUGCGAGGCUGCAGGGCCGCUCUGCUUAGCUACUACAGCAGCCUCAUGAACUCCAUUGGCGCCGUCACGCUCCUCAUCUGGCUCUUUGAGGUGACCAUCACAAUUGGCCUGCGCUACCUAUACACAGCACUGGAAGGUGUGUCGAACCCUGAAGACCUUGAGUGUGAGAGUGAGGGCUGGCUUCUGGAAAAGAGCGUGUCGGAGACUUGGAAGGCCUUUCUGGAGAGCUUGAAAAAGCUGGGCAAGAGUAACCAGGUGGAAGCCGGGGGUGCAGAUGCAGCCCAGGCCCCAGAGGCUGGCUGAUAGCUCCGGGGCCCCCUCCCCUCCUGAACACUGAGAAGUAGCGGACUCCAAGAAAGUGGAUACUCCCCUU